AUGGCGGCUGCACCCGUCAGGCAGCGCUCCGGGCCGGGGGGACCACGGGCGCAGCUCCCUCCCUGCUACUAUGAAGGAUACCUGGAGAAGCGAGGACCGAAAGAAAAGGCGUCCAGGCGACUGUGGACCUGUCUGUGCGGGAACUCUUUGUAUUUCUUCAAUAAUGCCAAGGACAGUCAUUAUGUGGAGAAGCUGGACCUCAGUGGGUUUGUGUCCCUGAAGGACGACUGCAGCCGGGACAGAAACCUGGAGGCAGCCAGACUCAUCCUACGCAUGAAGGAUGGAGAGACCAAACUCACAGCACCUAACUUGGAAUCAAGGGAGCUGUGGAAAGGUUUCCUCUACUCCGUUGUAGAUCUGAAUGUGCCGUCCUGUCUCACGUUGCUGCCGGGCCAGCUGCAGAUGCUGAGGGAGAUGGUGGACAAAGAAAGGUCCAGGCGGAGAAAUCGCACUCCCACGCGUGCUCCUCCCUCGCCCCUCUCCGUGCCUUUAGUAGGAGAGAUCCCCCCGUGUUUUCGACCGGUGUCACGAACAGAGGCUGAAGUCCUUCUAGAGAGACACCCAGACUGUGGCAACAUGUUGCUGCGUCCAGGCAGAGAUGGAUGCUCAUUGGCUGUCACCACUAGGCAGGACCUCAAUGGGUCGGUGUUCAGACAUUACCGUGUGACGCAGAGGGACCAAGGUGGUUACAUCAUUGAUGUAGAAAAUCCUAUUCCCUGUGCUACACUUCACGAGGUCAUCGACGCUCUGGUAGAGAAAACAGCGGGGACUCUGCAGCCUUUCCUCCUGGAGGAGCCGUACGAAGAGAAUAUCACAUACGUUUCCGCCAAUGAUGAGAACGGAGAAAGGAUCCUCCACACUGCCCCCUCCAGCCCGCUUCCAAAGGCUCCUGCUCUGCCUCCAAAACAGGAUCGUUGGCCCGGCAGCCCCCUGUCCAGGUCUCCCGCCCCUGACCGCCGCAUCCUGACCUCACCAGUGCCGGCCUCGCCCACCAACCCGAUGAGAAGACUCAUCCUCUCCCCUUCGCCUCUCGCACAGACACUCAAUGAGGAACUCAAAAUGAAGCUUGAGAAGAGACGAGUCAGUCAGGAGUGAUUCGUUCAUAAGGAGCAACCUCUUGUCAUAUCAUACUCAAUCUUCGGUGCCAAACUCUUUCUCACCGCAGCUAUGUAUUCAUCCUGUGCCUUCUAGGUGGAAGACAAGGGACUACAAACACCACCGCCUUCCUUUAGGGAGAUACGAAAUGUUGGACUUUGGUGUUUAAACAAACUCUGGUUAGCUCCAUAAAAGCAAAAUUGGCUGGUGAACACUGGAUUAGAUUCAUAAAACCUCAUAACGCCUGCCUUGGUUGGGGUUAAGAGCCACUAGUUCUUUGUCCACUUUCAUAAAGCUGUUUACAAACUGCCUCUGAGCAAAAGAAAUAGUGCCACAAUGAAUGAUCUUCCUUCAGAAGAGAGUCCACACUGAAUAAAUAUGACUGGCAGCUAAAAAAAAUGAUUGGAGAAGCACUAACUCGUUCAGGACCACCAACAGAGCCUGAUGUUUUCUCGUCUGAGCCCAUGUCUGAGUGCUGAGCUGCUGAUUUUACUGCUGCAACACUGGAGAAGAAGAACAAACAAACCACAGACUGCCAAGAUCAACACCGGAGACCUGAGACGCUUUAUCGGCUCUGAAAGUAAAAUCACCAAGGAUUGCUCAGGUUUCAGCUCAGCAAUUCUCUUCACUCACCUCAUCAUGUAACGUUACUGAAAAAAAGAAUGUCUGUCACAGUGGAGCUGGCAAGAAUCUGAAAACUGCACAAUCUCUGCCUGCAGCUCAUGAGUGUUAUUGGUGAUUAAUAAGCAAACAUUGAUGUAUUGUUGAUUCAAUGAUACUGUUAUGGCUCAUUUAUGACUCAACUUAAACCGUACUGUUGGUGCUUAUUUUAAAGUGUUUCCUUAUUCUCUUUUACUGUGUCCGUGCUACUGUUUGAUGAAAUUACUCACUGGUGCUCAGACCUUCCUGGAAACUCCAGGCAAUUUCUGUUCCUAUUCAAGCAGAUGAACUGUAUUCAUAUGUGAGACUGUCCUCUAGUGGAAUGUCUGUCAACUAAAGACAGAAACCUUAUCAGCACACAGUCUUUAGUUGUUAUAACUCAAGUACAAAAACACUUUGCAGACUGAACCAGCCUUUUGGCGUCAAAGUAUUAUACCACUUGUCUACCUUUUAAUAACAACAUUAUAAUUUGUUAUAGGUCUGAAGGUGCUUCAACAUAACAGCAUGUAUUUCAACAUUGACAUUUAUCAUGCCAAUCGGCCAGUAGAUUUGUGUCUGAGUGGCAAACUGUGAUCAACUGACUAAUAAGUGUCCUCUAACGGUGAACAGUUUCUUGUAUGUUUGUACAUGAUUUGUCGUGUCUACUUGAUCGCUAUCAAAGAACAGUGUUUGUAAGAUAU